CACCCGCCGAGGACUAGCACCGAGCAGCCCUGUCCGCCGCUGCCCAUGCUUUGCGUCGAAAACAGACCUGCUGCCGACCAACUGCGCCAAGAUGUACCACUCUGACCACGGUGUUGACUUCCCCGACCUCUCCUUCCAAAUCCCUGGCAGCCCUGCAGAUCUAGGCCCAGCAAACAGAGUGUGAACACAACCCCCCAACACAACACACAUCUACCUUCACCUUCAACAAACAGGGGGUCCCUCUGCUCCAGUCCCACCCUCCCUCCUCCUGGACCAUGGACAGCCCUCCGAAGCUGUCAGGCGAGACCCUGAUCGUGCAUCAUAUCCCCCUGGUGCACUGCCAGGUGUCAGGUGGGCGGCAGGGUGGCUGCGGAGGCUCGCUGAAGAGGAGCAACCCAUUUAGCCCACCGGAGAACCUGGGCUUGAGUCGCACCACUUCCCUUCCCGAGAGAGACGUCCUUCAGAGAGAGGCUCUGCUCUACAGCAGCCUCAUCCAGACCUCCGGCGGCUCCUGGUCCUCCCACAAUGGAGGAAGAGACAGGAAGGGUGGCGGGCGAGGAGGGAGCACAGCAAGUGAUGAUUCAUCGUUUACCUCAAGCAAUUCAGAGGACCAGCUGGUUACAGCUCAUACUUUGCCCAGAGCCAAACCGAGGAACAGGAAUCCGUUGCGUCAUAAUCCAUUCCUGCUGAAUACCGAAGAUGAUGAGGAUGAAGAAGAAGAGGAGGAUGGUGACAACCUCAGUGGUUACCUUGAAGACUCGUCUUUUCACCUCCACAGUGACUCUAACACGGCCCUCGAUGACGGGAUGGCGUCUUUCCACUUACAUGACCUUGGCUUUGCUUCUGAACCCUUUCUUUUGCACAGCUCAAUGGCUGGAAGGAGUCAGGAGUCCCUGAGGGGCGUAGUCUCAAAUCUGUCCAACCAUCUGGAGGACCUGGACAUUCUAGGACUGGACAGCCAGCGGCGCCACGGUAGCAGUGGUUCCAACAUGUCCAUGGAUUGUGGAGAGCACGACUGGGGCGAUGACGACGAAGAAGAUGAAGAUCAUCCUAUGAGGUGUGGGCGAAGCAGCAAGACAGGUUCGUACUCCUCCAGCUCCUCCACACAGCACUGCUCCUGCUGUGCACUCUCCCAGAACUACCCUCAACACUUCCCUGAAGCCUUCUUGGAGCCUUUCUCAGAGUGCCAGCAAGGCUACGGCAGCGACUCCUCUUGCAACAGCUCGGACGGUGUGCUCGUAAACUUCAGCGCCAUUUACAACAAGAUGAACAACGGCGUCCCAGAGAAGCCACCAGUCUCUGGACACACAAACCUCAACAGCUCCACUGACCACUCCUGCACCUCGUCUGUUUCUGAUCCGCCAGGAAACCAGCGAGACUCAACCAGAGGGGCUUUCUAUUUGGACCUUCACACCUCCCCAACUGAACCUCCCCUGCUACAGCAACAGCCCUCCUGCCUUGGCAACACCUUUCCUCUCAUCCGGGAACCGCACCUGUCCACCUCUUCCACGUGCUCCUGUGCUGUAGAGCACCAGGGGGCUCUUGACCUCGAUGCCAACUGCAACUCCUACCACCCUCCACAUUCUGGGUCAUCUGGAGACCUUGCGUCGUGUCUGCAGAGUCAGGCGCGCCUGGUUGUUGCCACACAGAACUACUACAAGCUGGUCACCUGCGACCUUUCGUCCCAGUCGUCCCCGAGUCCGGCAGGGUCCUCAGUCAACAGCUGCUCCGAUGAGCACAGCAAAGGCAGCCCCACCCCAACGCAGCCCAGCGAGUACUUCCUGUUUAAGCAGCGAGCUUAUGAGGAGGCCCUGGAAGAAGACAAAGAUGGAGAGUCAUCUCGGCGAGAUGAUGAUGAUGAAGACGAAGAGGACGAGGAGGAGCAGCAGAAGAAGAAGAAUCAGCAGGCAGCCAGUGGGGCUGAAGCUGCUCCCGCCGUGAUUGAAGGCCAGGUGUACGUCAACAUCUCCCCUCCUGUGGUUGGCCGGGGCGUUAUCGGAGGCGGAUCCUCCACAGGAAGCCGCCCUCGCUCCCGUAGCUACGACCGCAACCUCGACAAGUCUCCGUCUCCUCGGCUCGGAUCUCUGGAGCGUAUGUUGAGCUGCCCCGUCCGGCUCAGCGAGGGCGCCGCCCCGGCCCCGCCUCCUCCUCCGCGAGUCACCUCUUUUGCAGAGAUCGCGAGAAGCAAACGGAGAAACGGAGGUGCAGGGGGGUCACCAUCGCUGAAGGCAGCCGCAGACCCUUUCUCCUCCACUUACUCCACCCACUCCCACUCCUCUGUGGAUUUCUCUCCGAUCCCAGAGCAGCGUGCGGAGGUUGAGAGUCACAGCAUGUCACCUGUACCCUUUACCAGAUGUUACAGUCAAGGCAGCAUUGAGCAACACCUGGAGGGGGCGAAGGAGACCAGGGCCAAGGCUGAAGGCGGUCUCUCGACUUCCUCAGACAGCCGCCCGGCGGUGGUCCGCUACAGGAAGGACCAGCGGCCCACCACCCUCCCCAUCCAGCCCUUCACCUUUCACCACCAGUUUGCCUCCAAACCCCCGCAGCCCAAGCCACUGCUGCCCCUGCUCACGGGCUACGUCUCUGGGAUGCAGGCCCGCUCCAGCUCCGGCUCCGGUUCUGACUCUGGAGGUCCGGUGGGGGAGGAAAGUGAAGAUGCAGCUGAAAAUGUGCACAGGUACCAGGGGACUCUGGCUGCAGCAGCCCCUCCUCCUGGCUCAGUUCGUCCUUCGCCUCUUGGGAGCUACUCCCCUGUUCGGCUCCAGGGGGCGUCCAGCUCUGGAGCUUGCUCCACCUGCACCCCAAGCCCUCAGCCACCACACAGCCUCUCCUGCCCGCUUUCAGCAGGCCUGGGUCCUCUGCACACCCCACCAACGGGAAAGCAGGGAGGGGGUUCAGUGCAGUUACCAUCUACUCCUCCACCUCCAUCUCUGGGGGCGAAGAGAGGGACGGUGCCACCAAUGCUGCCAGUGGUGCAGGGACACUGUUUCCAUCGUGGAGCUCUGGCCAGUUUACCAGCACUCCACAGUGACACACUGAGCCCGCUGGGCUGUCUGGACUCUGGAAACCACGUGGAGGGAAGCAAAGGACCUGGAGCCAGGACACAUAAUGCAGGGGGCCAGUCGGCUAAGCUGCAGCAGAGCUACAGCGACUUCCUGCCGGACUACUUCUCCCUGACCGAGAAGCCUCCGGAGGAGUUCUGCCUCUCCCCCGACGCUUCAACUUCCUCCUCCUCCUGCUCUUCCUCGCAGUCCCACAUCUCUGUGGACCUGACGCAGAAGAGAGGUUUGGUGAAAGCCGUGAACACAGCGGUGGAUCUCAUUGUGGCACACUUCGGCACCAGUCGAGACCCAGACGUGAAGGCUAAACUGGGGAACAGCUGGGUGAGUCCCAACGUGGGUCACCUCAUCCUGAAGUACCUGUGCCCGGCCCUGCAUGAGGUGCUGCAGGACGGCCUGAAGGCCUACGUGCUGGACCUGAUCAUCGGACAGCGCCGCUGUCAGCCCUGGAGCCUGGUGGAGGCGUCCACACAGCUGGGCCCGUCCACACGCGUUCUCCACAGCCUGUUCUCAAAGGUGAGCCAGUACUCUGAGCUCACAAGCCACAGUAUGAGACUCAAUGCCUUCAUCUUCGGCCUGCUCAACCUAAAAUCUUUGGAAUUCUGGUUCAAUCACCUCUACACACACGAAGAUAUCAUAGCAGCACACUACAACCCGUGGGGUUUCCUUCCCCUGUCACAGGGGGCCUGUCAGCCACUCUUUGAGGAGCUCCUCCUCCUGCUGCAGCCACUGUCGCUGCUCCCCUUUGACCUGGACCUGCUUUUUGAACCGCACCUCCUCCAAAAGGGCCAGGAGCACCUCCGUCGCAAGGAGCAGCUGUGCUCUGCGGGCCAGAGUGUCGACCAGUCGGCUCGCUCCACCUUCCAGCUCAUGAGGGGAUGGAGCACCACUGUGAGCGAAAUGGUCAGAGACUCGAGUGCAGACGGGAAGAAAGAGAGGGCGGUGCUGAGACGAGAGGGAACAUGGCCGAGGAUGGAAGGGGUCGGGUCGAGGAGAGAGGGAGGAGGAGUGAAUUCAAGGUUGAGGAAAGAGGGGGCAACAGCUGGGAGCGUGGCAGCCGGGCCUGUUAGCAGACAGACGAUGAUGGAAGUAGGGUUUGCCAAUCUCUGGAAGGAGAGGGGGAUGGGUGGGCAGAGAGUGAAAGGUGUAGGACAAGAAAGCCAAGGAGAAGGUGAGGAUGGACAGGAGAAGGACAGAAGGAAGGAAAAAGACAAGGACAUGGCGGAUGAAGGGCGCCAGCGGCAAGAUAGACAGGCAGGCUGGUGGUACCAGCUCAUGCAGUCCUCCCAGGUUUACAUCGACCAAUCCACAGAGGGGUCAAAGUUUGUUAAGACUGAGAAGAGGAAGAAGUCAUCAGAGAGACGACAUGGCCAGCUACCGCCCACCAGAGAGGGAGUGGUGGAGGGGGCCGAGUCAAGCCAAGAAGGGGAGGGUUACAGAAGCAGGAAAAGCAGCAGCAGCUCUAGCGCGGAGUCAGCUGGAUCCAGAGGAAGGCCUUCAUGGAUGGGCAGCCCGCCAGAGUCUGUUGUCAACCAAGAGAAAGAGAUAAAACCUCUGAAGGUUGCAGGGACUGGAGCUCAAGCUGCCGCCCAAGAGGAAAGCCCCUCUCAAGGACAGAGUCUGCGCUGGGGCAGGCUCUUUGGGUCCAGUGUUGGUUCUCCUUCGAGGGUGGAGGGAGCUGAACAGAGGGCAAAAGCUCCCACAACCAGGCCACCAUCGGGUUGGCUCUCUCUUGAUAGGUCUGUCCUUGGCCUCGUAGCUCAGACCAUUGGAGCAGGGAGUGGAAAGAAGGCAGAGCCUCCAGCCACACCCACUCACACCCAAACUACGUCAGCCCAACCAGCUGAAGCCAAGCACCCAUCCCCGUGUGAAGUACGGGCAUUGUGUCACCACAUAGCCACCGAGCCCGGACAGCUGAGCUUCAACAAGGGAGAUGUCAUGCGGGUCCUGAGCAAGGCCGAUCCAGACUGGCUGCUCUGCUCCCUGGGCUCCAUGCAGGGCUUGGUUCCCAUCAUCUACGUCACUCUGAAAAGCAUGGAGGAGAGCCAGGAUGCCACUGGACUCGGGCAGUGCUGAGCCAAUUAGCGGCAAGAGGCUAUCCCCGCCACAAACAGAAGCCUGUUUGAGAUAAAAACGCUGUAGAAAAUCCGAAGAUUACGAAGACGAUGUACAGACACGUGCAAGGGACGCAUGCAGGCUCGAACACAAACUCACAUUGACUUCAAGGGGACAUCCAGACGAGUUCGCAUGCAAACAUCCAAAAACCAAAAGACCAGACAAGAAGCAAACCCAAAGACGCUCCAACACGCUUCUCUCUCUGCGAGAAGGUGUGCUACUAGCUUAACUAUGUGACUGUCCAGUCUAUAUAUCAUCCAUCUCUACUUUCAGCAAAACAAUGAGGGGCUUCUCACAGAUGGGAGCCUUCACAAUAUAGUAUAUACUGUACCAUGCCUAGCUGCACUUUGCUGUACUGUCUAUACUUUCAGCUAGCUGUGCCACACUUUGAACACAGUGCUCAGUUAUCGCACUCAGUCAAACGUCGACGUUGGUUCGAUGUCCUGUCGCUUACUUGGUGCCGAUCUUGAUCUUUUAAUUCACGUAAAAGCCAGUGAGUCCUUGCUUUUUUUAGUGAGAUUUAAGGUGGUUGAUGUAAAAGCAAAAAUAUCGUUAACCCGCAUCGGCUCCAGUUGCAGAGGUGUGAUUCAGCGUGUUGUUAUUAGAGGAGUAGAAACCACGCAGGGGUUUGUUCUGAUGGCUCUCCAACCCGAGUGAAAAGGACAAAAGAGGAGUGUGUCAGUUCUCCAUCUGUCUUAUUUGACCACUGCUCAUCACAGCGUGUUUUGAGAUGAAGGGGUGGAUGGACUGAGAAGCAAAUUGCCUUUUUUUUUCUCCCUCCUUUCCCUCACAAGACCCACCGCAGCUGGGGUGAUUCAGUGGUUGACAUUGUUUAAGUGCAUGUAACGUUGCCAAAAUGUUGACUUUUUCCCCUACAGCCCUGUGUCACUGCGGCGUCCUGCACCUCUGCCCCCCCCGUGAAUCUCUCAUCACAGGACACUUGACGGCUUUUGAAGAGGAGGCGCUUUAGCGAGUGGCUACAGCCUGGGCUGUACAUGUGCAUUCUACUGGUACAUACUGUAAAUGCAGUUCUAUUUAUUUAUUGACCAGUCCACUCAGCUGAGGGAAGCAUCUAAAUGGACGGUUGCAGAAAACAGGGGAGGAUGUCCAAUGAAAGCAAAGCAUAGCUGUGGAGAUGUGUGGAGGCCUCGUUGAAUGUGUUGGGGAUCCACCCUGGAAACUGUAAGCUAACAAAAUUAUUGCUAAUUAGUUCUACGUGUUGCAUUUAGAGAGCGGGGUAAACGAUCUUAUCUAUGCCUUAAGGAAAAAAGGGAAAGUUGCCCUGUUGGACACGUGAAGGCUGGCGGCCUAAUAUUUGCCCUGACGUUAUAUUUUGUAUAUACUAUGACGUGUCUAACUGCACAUUUUCCCCAGAUUUAUGUCUACAGAGAUUCUUGCUGACAUCAAAGUAUUGUGAAGAUACAGAGAUGAUAUAGAGGUGAUAUUUUUUUGAUGCGCAAAGGGAAACCCCAACACGUUUUGUGGUGGCUCUGUGGGCACUCCAGUGUUAGUAUGCACAUGCUACCUGCCAUGCCCAGGUGUAAAAUGUGGCCUUAGAUUCAGAAUGAGUAUACCUGGAUAGACGGUGAGUGCAAAGAGGUGCCAGGUCCAAAUAUUACACUUUAUGAAAUGGUAAAAGUCAAUGUACAUUCAUUAAAUAAAUGGAUGCUUGAGUAGUUUUUUGAAAAACUAACAUAGGAUAUCAUUUUCCUUUUCUUUUUGUUGCAUCAUUGUACAGUUUGUAUAGUAUUUGAUUUCAUCAGAUCAAUUUAACGCUUCAAUUCACUGAACUGUAAAUAUAUUUAAAUCCUUCAAUGAUUAAUUUCUGACAUAGGUCUAUGUAUGAAUGUUAUUACUGAUUUAUUAACGCAUUUUCCGUUUCGUACAGGAAGCAGGUAUAAGCUUUAGUUUCAGUACUAACAGCCGUGAUGACAGUUGGCCGUGGGUCAUUUUCCUCCAGGCAGUUUGCUCUUCAUUGACAUCCUGUUCACAUGGGACAGACAGAAAUCAACACAUAGUAGUGAUGAAAAGCAGAGCGACAUGGAGGCUCAGGGUUAAGAGGCAAAGGCAGAUUCACUUUCGAUUUGGCAUUGAAAUGUUGUGCUCUAAAAUGCUACACUUGUAGGAGUGUAAUAAGAGAGAGAGAGAAAGAAGUUGUCUUUCCGUCUCUCUCGUCUGUUUUUAAUCUGCUUCCUCUCUCCCUGGCUGCCUCCUCCUGCCUGUAAAUACCUUCAGCAUCAGUGACACUGCUCUUCUCUCUGUGUCCAGGCUAUAUGGCGUAUAUACGUAUGACAUUAUCAAACUACUAUGGAUGUUCAGUAACAAAGUGCU